AUGCGAUCCAAAGGGGAUGAUCUGGACAACGACCAUGUGAAAGCACACUCUGCAGCGUCGUCGAAUUCCACCUCAACCACUCCGGAUCCGCCCAACGAGCGCUCAUCUCACAAAGCAAAUGGCAAAGCUCGUGCGCUCGACAUCGACGCCGUGCCGUCCACGACCUGCGACGCAGAUGUCGCAACUUUCGACAACAGCCAAGACGCAGAGCUGGAGGAGGACGAUGCAACAUGGUGUCUGAUCUGCCAUUCGACGCCCAUCGUGGACCGCACGGUGCUUCCGCGGUGUCUGCACUCUCAAUUCUGCUUCCAAUGCAUCCUCCGAUGGCUUUCGAUCAAGCGUCGGUGUCCUUUGUGUCAAACGGACAUUGGGGACCACAUCAUCCAUUCCAUCCGUCUCGACGAUGAUUACGUGCGGUAUCACCUGCCGCCUGCCCCAUCCUCCGCCCUCCCGUCCUCCGCGGACGUUCCUCGUCCCGAUCGCAGCACCCUCGUGCGUCGCGUGCAACGCGCUCGCGUCGUCCGCACCUCGCACACCAAUCUAGCCUUUCGCGCCCAAAUCUACCGUCACGCCCUCUUCGCGCGUCAUGUGGGCUCCAAUCGCCAUACACGAUACCGCCCUUGCCCCUCACCCAUGCAGAUCCGCGCCGAUACCAUUGCAGGCGGUCCACUCGCACGACGCAUCACCACCUUCCUCCGCCGCGACCUCUCCCUCUGGCCCCACCUCGAUGUGGAAUUUCUCACCAAAUACACGCUUUCGCUGCUCCAAGUAUUUGAGGUCAGCGACGACCAGACUGUCCGGCUGGUGGGCGAGUUCUUGGGUGAAGGUACGGCCAGGCAUGUAUUGCACGAGCUCGAGUGUUUUUUGAGGAGUGGAAAGGACGAGUUGCGAUGGUACGACGAGAGUGCGCUGCUUCAGUACGGCAGGUCGAACGGUGGAGCGAGAGGCAGGAGCGAGGAAAGGGAGCAAGAGGUGCGAAGAGAAACGGCGAAGCGCAGAGAGAAGCUGCUGGAGCGACUCGAGAGGGAAAGAGCGUUGCUCGCCGCGGGCAAUGUCCAAUCGUGA